GCGUGUUUGGAUUAAAAAGAGAGAAAAAAAUUAAAUACGCUGUAGCAGGGCACGGAAUGAGCGUCGUUUCGUUUUCAGGUUGUCCAUUUGUCUUUCUAAUGCUUCUUCGUGAUGUGUUAUGGGUAACGUGAUUGCGACACAGAUCCAGGAAGGACAAAUCAGUCAUUUUCCUUCUCCGGUACUAAGCGUUUCAUCUGAGAAAUCGAGGAGAUUUUGUCAUUAAUUCCUUCCACGUUCUGUGAUUGAACAAGAGAUAGAGAAAGAGAUCGAGAAUUUGGGAAUUGGGCAUUUGUUUGGUUGCCGGCAAACGUUGAGGAUUAAGAGAUGGGGUUUUUCAGUACAAUUUUCGGUUUCUGUGGAUUUGGAGUUGGAAUUUCAAUGGGUCUUAUGAUCGGAUACUACCUUUUCAUAUAUUUCCAACCCAGCGACGUUAAGGAUCCUGAGAUUCGUCCAUUGGUUGAGCAAGACUCAGAAACUUUGCAACGCAUGCUUCCAGAGAUACCCCUGUGGGUGAAAAAUCCAGAUUAUGAUCGUAUUGACUGGCUUAACAAGUUUCUUGAGUAUAUGUGGCCUUACCUGGACAAGGCCAUUUGUAAGACUGUAAAGAAUAUUGCAGCACCCAUUAUUGCUGAGCAGAUCCCCAAAUAUAAAAUUGAUUCAGUUGAAUUUGAAACACUUACGCUAGGAUCCCUACCACCAACUUUCACAGGAAUGAAAGUUUAUGUCACUGAUGAAAAGGAGCUGAUAAUGGAACCAUGCUUCAAAUGGGCUGGAAAUCCUAAUGUCACUGUUGCUGUUAAAGCUUUUGGGUUGAAAGUAACUGCUCAGGUGCUGGAUUUGCAAGUUUUUGCUUUACCACGUAUAACUCUGAAGCCUUUGGUUCCUAGUUUUCCUUGUUUUGCCAAAAUCUAUGUGUCUCUUAUGGAGAAGCCACAUGUUGACUUUGGACUAAAGCUUGUUGGAGCUGAUCUCAUGUCAAUACCUGGCCUCUACAGAGUUAUCCAGGAGAUUAUCAAAGAUCAGGUUGCCAACAUGUAUCUGUGGCCGAAAACCCUAGAAGUACAGAUAAUGGAUCCUACAAAAGCCUUGAAGAAGCCUGUGGGAAUUCUCAGCGUGAAAGUGCUGAGGGCACUGAAGCUGAAGAAAAAGGAUCUGCUGGGUGCAUCAGAUCCUUAUGUCAAAAUAAAGUUGACCGAGGAUAAGCUUCCAUCGAAGAAGACAACUGUAAAACACAAGAACUUGAACCCUGAAUGGAAUGAGGAAUUCAAUUUGGUUGUUAAAGAUCCAGAGACCCAGGCUGUAGAGUUCCAUGUUUAUGAUUGGGAGCAGGUUGGCAAACAUGAUAAGAUGGGUAUGAAAGUAGUUCCUCUAAAAGAACUCCCCCCUGAGGAGCCAAAAUUUAUGACUCUUGACCUACUUAAAAAUAUGGAUAUGAAUGAUUCUCAAAAUGAGAAGUCACGUGGGCAGCUAGAGGUUGAGUUAACAUAUAAACCAUUCAAAGAGGAGGAGAUGCCUAGUGGUUUUGAAGAGUCAUCAAAUACAGUGCAGAAGGCUCCUGAUGGAACCCCAGCUGGUGGAGGUCUGCUUGUAGUGAUUGUUCAUGAGGCUCAGGAUGUGGAAGGAAAGCAUCAUACUAAUCCUCAUGCACGGCUCAUUUUUAGAGGGGAGGAGAGGAAAACUAAGCAUAUAAAGAAGAACCGAGAUCCCAGAUGGGAGGAGGAGUUCCAGUUUAUGUUGGAUGAGCCUCCCACUAAUGAUAGACUACACGUGGAAGUUGUCAGCACUUCAAAGAGGAUGGGCUUGUUACAUCCUAAGGAAUCUCUGGGUUAUGUGGACAUUAGUCUUGCGGAUGUUGUUAGCAACAAAAGGAUCAAUGAGAAGUACCAUCUUAUAGACUCAAAGAAUGGUCGGAUUCAAAUUGAGAUGCAGUGGAGAACAUCUUCCUGAGCUUGUUUACUGUUUGUUUUCUUUGUCUGAGUACUUCUUUACUUUGGAUUUUGAUUUUAAAUAGCACGUUAUAGGAAUACUUGUCUGUUGUUUUUGCCCUAAACCCCUCCAAUUCUUUUUGCUGCUUCUGUAAGUGGUUACAAUAAAUAAGGUAAAAAAGAAAUACCACGCAUAGUUACUUUCAAA